AUGUCCGCGUUUUCGGAAUACCUGCGUGAACUUUGCUACGGCGGUCAGGAAGCGGGCAGCGCGCGGCGGAGGAGUCUCAGAAAGCGGUCGACAUCGACCAACAAGUCAAUGACUACUGUAAACGGCGGCAGCAAGCCCUCCCCUCCAACCAAACGAAUGGCCGGCCGCCGCAGCUAUGUCGCUGACUGUUCGUACGGAUACGCUCUCUUCGGAGUACUCGACCCGCCCUGGGAGGACCCAGUUGGUCUCCUUUGGCGCCAGCAACUCAAUGAGGCAGGCGCAUCAAAGUCGGCGAAAUCAUGCCAUGCUGGACAAAAUCUGCCCCGGAAAUACUUGUUGGCGAGCGGGCUCGCUGCGUUCUCGCUCCGAGAUUGA